AUGACCAAAGAAGGCCCGAUGACCAAUGGCUAUUCUAAGUUCUCAAUUCUGAUUCAUCAAAUCCUUCGUGACAUCAAGAACGAACCAUGGUUCAAGUUGCCGAAACAAUCAAAAGGAGAUACUUCUAAGUUGGACCACACCAAGUAUUGCGCAUUCCACAGAGGUCCUGGCCACAUAACCAACGAAUGCUACACUUGGAAAAACUACCUAGAGAAGCUCGUGAAAGAAGGCAAAGUCAAUAGAUACUUGGACAAGCCAGCUGCGCAGCAAAAAAGGAAUGUAGACGGAGAUGAAAAGCCACCAACCAAGAUGAUUCGAAUCAAUGGCAUUUUCGCCGAAUUCGAGCACUUGGGGGCCACUAAUAACUCCAAAAAGAGGAAGAUCCGGCAGGCUUUACUAAUCUCACAAGUUCAAGCAGUCGAUACCCAACUUGGAUCUAUUAUUGGCUUUAUUGAGCAGGAUGUCGAAUGA